AUGAGCCGUCGUUCACCAUCAGAAAAACGCAAGGAAUCGGCUUCCCCGCGUCCACCGUCCCGAAGUGGAUCGCGUCCGGGAAGUCCGAAGAAAGCGAUGAAAUCACGAGAGGGUACCCCAAAGAGAAGCUUGAAAGAAAAAGAAGGAUCCCCAGCGAAGAAGUCGAUGAGGUCCCGAACAUCGACACCUGUGCAGGAAUCUGAGAAAACACAACUGACAACGACGACAGAAGAGAAGACAGAAGUCUCAGAAUCGCGGCGCUCGAGUAAGACUGCCACAAAGAUGGAGGUUGAUACAGGUUAG